GGAAGGAUCGACUGUGGGCAACCUCAGACAGGUGGAGAAGACGUCCUGAAGCAGCGGAACCGCACCGUGGUUGGAGCCGAUCGGCCAGGACUGGGCUGGGCUGCAGGACGAGCGGCGGCGGACGCUGUGCACGCUCGGUGCGCGCAUCCUCCUGCGGCCGCUCCACUCGCACUAUGACACCAGCUCCAAAACGUGGUUCGGCUUAUUUUCCCGUCCCGAGCCUUCGCACACACGCUGGACGCUUAAAUGUGGACGCGGGGAGGGCGAAGAUGUAGCUGCGGUGGAUUGAUGAGGAGCGCACAUGGAUUUCGGUUAUUUCCCUGAGAUUAUUGGCUUCUAAUAUUCAUCAACCUGCCUUGGCCAUGGAGAACCAAGCCGCCGAGCCGCAGAACUAUGAUGAUGUACAGAAGAGCGGGUAUCUCCGCAAGCAUAAAUCUAUGCACCGGCGGUUCUUCGUGCUCAGGGCGGCCUCUGAGCACGGUCUGGCUCGUCUUGAGUAUUACGAGAACGAGAAGAAAUUCCGCAGUAAAUCACCUGUGCCCAAGAAAGUCGUGAACCUGGAGAGUUGCUUCAACAUCAACAAGCGGGCAGAUUCCAAGAACAAGCACAUGAUCGUGCUUUACACCCGCAGCGAGAGCUUUGCCAUCGCCGCGGACACCGAGGAGGUCCAGAACGAGUGGUACCAAGCGAUGCUGGACCUUCAGUGCAACUGUAAAACCCCUGAGGACUAUGGCAGCAGUGGAGAGUGCAGCUCCCCGUCUCCUGUUCCAACCUUCAAAGAAGUAUGGCAGGUCAAGGUUUGGCCCAAGGGUCUCGGACAUGCCAGGAACUUGGUCGGCAUCUAUCGGCUGUGCUUAACUGACAAAACGGUCAACUUUGUCAAGCUCAACUCUGACGUAGCUUCUGUGGUGUUGCAGCUGAUGAAUGUUCGCAGGUGUGGUCAUUCUGAGAAUUUCUUCUUUAUUGAGGUGGGUCGCUCUGCGAUUACCGGCCCCGGAGAGUUCUGGAUGCAGGUGGAUGACUCUGUUGUGGCUCAAAACAUGCACGAGACUUUGCUGGAGGCCAUGAAGGCCUUAAGUGAGGAGUUCCGUCAGCGUAGUAAAUCUCAGUCGGUGGGAACAUCGUGUGGAGGCGGUACGGCUUCAAACCCCAUCAGUGUCCCCAGUCGUCGUCAUCAUCCAAACCUGCCGCCGAGCCAGGUAGGCUUCUCCAGACGAGCCCGCACAGAGACACCCGGAACAGGAAGUGGCAGCACCAGCACUUCACCUACGUCACGUCAUGGGUUCCCGAGGGCGCGAACAGCCAGCAUUGGAGCCAGGUCAGAGGAGAGUGGAGCCAGUGCCAAAGGGACAUGGGCUAGCUCUAGCCCGAGUCUUAAUGGAUCCUGCUCAACUACACCGACACUGAGGCCCAAGCCCACAAGAGCUCCGACCCCCGCUAAGAUUACCCUCAGCCUCGCACGCUACACGCCCAACCCUGCUCCCUCUCCUGCCCCAAGUCUGUCCUCCAGCUCUGGUCAUGGCUCAGAGUGUGGCCUAGUGGGGGCAGCAGUGGGAGGCAUGACAAUCUGUUCCUACCCACGUGUUUCUCAGAGAGUUUCUGUUUCAGGGUCGCCAAGCGACUACGGUUCCUCUGAUGAGUACGGAUCCAGUCCUGGGGAACACUCUCUGCUUGUACCCAGUCUGUCCGGGCACCAUGUUCACGGAGAAGGCUCCUCUAGCUAUAUAGUCAUGGGACAGAGAGAGGGACACCUUGGUUACCAUCAUCGGUCCAAAGGCCGAAGGAUUCUUCGGCGCUCGUCCAGUCGAGAAUCUGAGGCAGAACGCAGACUACUAAGUAAGCGGGCUUCCUUGCCCUUAGCAGCCCAUGAACGACUAAUCCCACAUAGAAAAGAUGAGGAUGAUGAAGAUGACGAAGAAUAUACCAUCAUGUCACAGACUGCUAACAGAGAGAGAGCUGAUUUGCACCAUGGCUCAGGGAGUCUGGCCAGUGUUGGCGGGCAGCUCGACGUGGUCGGGGAGAGUAGGAAGAGAGCUGACAAAAGGCGAGAAGUGGGCGCUGGAGCGGCUUUGGAUAGUGGUUACAUGUCAAUGCUGCCUGGAGUGACGUCUCCUCCUGUUUCCCUGUCUCUCUCAAUAGAUAUGUCUGACACUAGUGCUAAACCUGGGGCUGAUGACGAGUACAUGGCGAUGACACCCAACAAUAGUGUUUCCCCCCCUCAGCAUAUAUGCCAGCCCAGCUCUGAGGGCUACAUGGUCAUGUCUCCCAAUAGCAGCAGCUCCACAGACCUGCAUGGAUUGGGCAUGUGGGAUACAAGGGUCGGCAUGGAGAGCCGGGCUGCCAGUGACUACAUGAACAUCUCACCUGUCAGCAGCCACUCCGCCUGUAGCACGCCACCAUCUCACCCUGAGCAGCACCAACUGCAACCAAAAAUGUUCAAUUCUUAUUUUUCCCUGCCACGAGCUUAUCAACAUACUCUUUAUACUCGCUUUGAGGAGGACUUGAACAAAGGGGAAGGAAAGAAGGACAGCAGUGGACAUGGUAGCACUGGACAAGCACCGGGAGUUGGAUACAGCAAGAGAAACAAAAUUGCAGUGGGCUCCGCUGGAGGCUGCCGACUCUCCAUGUCUUCCUCUUCCUUCUCCUCCAGCUCAGCCAGCAGCGAAAGCCUAGAGGACAAGACCUUAUCGGCAGGGAGAGGGUUAAGUUUACUAAGAACCGGAGAGUACAAGAGUUCGGGAAUGUGCACAAAAGACGGACGCCACCAUCAAAAGCGUGGCUCAAGUAGUAAGAGUCCAAAGCAACAGAGACGGGUUCGUCCCGUCAGCAUGUCUUCAGACAUGACGAAAGCAAACACCCUGCCCAGAGUGAAGGAGAACCUGCCGCCAUCAGGAUCUCCAAAUGUUGGUGAAUAUGUCAGUAUUGUGUUCAAGGAAGACAAUAAGUGUGAUGGAAGACGAUGUGCGGGCUCUGAGCGUGGACAGCCUGUAAUCCAUGGAACCCUCCGCGCUUUGAAUCAGCCACUCCUUUGCCAUGAUAAUCCUGCUCACCUUCCCCGCAGCUUCUCUGCACCAUUGUCCACCUCUGCUGAAUAUGUCAGCAUGGAUUUAAGGAAGCCCUCGAAACCCCUGACCCCAGUUAGGUCCACAUUCAGCAACCCCCAGGGCCCACCAGCUGUUUCCCCCAAGGCCCGGGUUGAGCACGGAGCAUCCUCUUCUCUGGCAGCAGAGGGCAACGCCGGGUACAGAACAAAAGCCAAGAUGGUGGUAAUGCAAACCGAUGUCGCUGCUUCAUUUACAGACAGUAAAGGUUCAGACCCCAGCAUAUCGGCGAGACCUGCCGUCCACUCUGGUCAGCACAUGUCUGUGGAGAAGGAGUCUGGUUUUUCCCCGGUCAAAUCCUUCCAGUCUCCUGAGCGAGGCAGCAGGUUGGUUCGCGGUGACCAGCAGGGACGGCGAGGCCACUGCUCGGAGACUUUUAACUCACCACCCACUUUACCACGCCACCCACCCUCUUCUACCUCGCUCUUCCCAGAGGGCAGCCAGGCAGCGAGUCAUCGGCACGGCUUAGACUGCUCACUGUGGGAGAACGGGCAGGCAGCUAGUUUGUCUGCCACACCUCCACCACAAGCCUCCACCUCAUCCACUGAACAAGGCCUUAACUAUAUUGACCUUGACUUGGUCGGUAAGGAUAGCCCUCAAGCCGGGGUGGAGUGUACCUCUGCUGCCUACAACGCUGGAGGAGGCGCUAAGGGCAGCAGUGUUGGCUCUAGCCUCAAUACCUACGCCAGUAUUGAUUUCUGUAAAUCCGAAGAACUGAGAGCACACCAGAACAGUAAAAAGGACGGUCAAGAUUGCUGAUCUCCAUCGCUGUCUUUUAUCUCGUCGCGUCGCCAGUGUGGCAGCUCCACACUCAGUCUGCGAGGGGACGGUCAGCUGCCCGAUCUGUUGCCACAACAGAACAACAACCCUGGAAAAAAAAAACUAUCUCUAUCCUGUCGGCUGUUUUCUGUCAACUAAAUGUGUGCCAACCCCCCCCCCCCCCCCCCCCCCCCCCCCCCCCCCCCUUACACACACACACACACACACACACACACACACACACACACACACACACACACGCACAUUUACACACACAGACAGGGUAAGGAGACGACUUGCUUUGGUUAAAAAGGACAUUUGAUCAUCGUUUAGCGUUUAUCAGUCAUCAUUAUUUGAGUUCUCAGGUGACUGUCGGUGGUCGCGCCCCGUGAACUCCUGCUCAUUUAACUGGCUCCACCCGAUCACAACCGUCAAUCGUGAAGUCGUAGAUCAACAAGGUUUUCAGGGAAUCACACAGGUGGAGGAAACCUUCAUCUGUGUCCGCAUUUCAAAACAGUUGCUAGUAAAUGAAGGCUUGAAGUGGCAGCUGUUCUGUCACCUUAGCACUGCAGAGUGUUUAUUUAUUGGCUUCUGUUGCAGCUUGGAUCCUCCAAGUUUUCAUUUUUAUUCAUUGUCACACCCACCUUUUGCCUAUGUUAAAUGAUCAUCAGAUGUCACUUUGCCUCUGAAAAGGAAGGAAAACACAGCCAGUAGAGAGCUCACUGUCACCAUUAACAUAUUUGAUUUAUUAGAUACAGUUGCCUAAAAAGCUUUUAUAUUGCUUGGCUUUUCUCCCUGUGCUACUGAAGGAACAGAAUGUGUUUAAUGUCUGAGGAACAAUAUGGAGCACUUUAUUAAAUUAGCAAUGAAAUCGCGUUAGCAACCGAUUCCCUCCCAAUGAACUGAACAACUCAUUCAAUCUUUAAUUCAUUGUGUAAACUUUACUGACUAAAUAUUAUAUUAUCUUAUGUUUUCAUUUUCUGAUUUACGGGUCAUGAAUAUAACUUCUCCAAAAUUAUGAUUGAUCUGUAGCUGAAGGAACAGAACAGUUUCUAUUUAUUCUUUCAACAUGUCCAUAAUAUAAUAUUUUUUUUAAUCUAAGAUUAAUCGCUCCACACAAUCAAAGCUAAACAUGUCCUGUCAUGUCCUGUGGCCGAUUUUCAAGAUGUGCCCAGCAGAAUAAUUUGUCAGUGCAUGUCAGGAGUAUUCUAGGACGAUGCCUGGGCCUCGGAGGAUGUGCUUGUUAUGACUGAACCCAGAUGAAAAAACAACUGUAUCAUCCCAGUAUUAGAUUAAUCAGUUAGUCAUCAAACUAAUGCGUAGCACAUGUUUGAAUAGUUCAAGUGUAAAUACUUUUUUGGCAACUGUGUUUUUAAUGAUAACUGUAUAUUAUACUGUCGUAUAUACUACAGUAUACACAAACUAUAGUAUAUACUGUAAUUUGUUUUCCUCUUUUAUCACAGUUCUUAUAUAAAGUGACAUUACAAUGGUAUAUGAGAUAUACAGUACACAUAUAAUGAUUAAUACUAUAUAGCCUAGAUAUCUAUAUACUCUUUUAUAAAGUGCCUCAUUUUUGAUUGUAGCUGUUUUUACACAAAUAAUCUUAAAAUGGGUUGUGUAAAUUAAAAAAAAAGUGUUUAGUCUCUCUCCUGAUUCUAAAUUGUCCAUAUGUCAAGACAGCUUGGAAACUUCUAUUGCCAUUAGACAACUGUAAUCAAAUUGCCUUACUGUGUUUAUCAGAAACACAGGAAACUCAACUCUUCUUUUUUUUGCAGUGCCUAAUAUUUCAGCCUCAAUGUAAGCACUCUCUGUUUCUUUCUUUGGAUUAAUUAAUCUGAGGUUUGGCAAAAAAAGCAUCUCUUUCUCUCAGUAGUGUCAUACCCUGGAACGUAACCACUUCAGGCUCUGCCGUCUUUUCUUUACUCACAACCAAGAAGCCACUGGUUCGGUGUCAGAGCUGGAUCUGAGUAAUGGUGGACAGGGUGCAACAGAUAGCUUGCAAAUAAAAGAUGGUAUUUUGGACGACUUAAAUUUAUUAUUUUUUUUUAUAAUCAAAAUCAAGUUGUCAAUCUUUAAAAUAUAUACUGCAGUAGACAGACAGAUGCCUCAGAGCAGCCAGUGCCGGUGGCCUGUGGCAGCUAAAACAUCAUUAACAAGCUUGUAUAUUGCUCUUAUGAUUUGAAUAUGGCUUAUCUGGACGUGGUUUUACUUCCCAGUGGGUGUGAAAAGUGCUACUUCUCUCUCUCUGCUCUCUCUUCUUCUCUCAACACUGAAACAUGAGCUGGAUCUCAGAGCUCACGUUACUUCUUCUCUCUUCUUCCAUUUGAAACAUCUGCUGCUGUCAAAGAAUUUGCCAAAAAAAAAUUACAAAGUCUGACAACAAUUCAAAUGUCUACUGUAGAUAUCCUCAUAAUGAUGAUGAUGAUGAUGAUGAUAAUGAUGAUGGUGAUGGUGGUGAUGAUGAUGAGAAUCUGCAAGGGUAGACACACAAAAUCGGUUGUGGGCAAAAAAAUCUGACUUUUUCACUCGAUCGCCAAAAAAUGAGUUGUGAAAAUGUAAAUGGAGUCAAACUUUUUUAAGCCAACUGUGUUUUUUCUUAAGGUAGUGUGACUUAUAGUUUAUGACUGGUUGUGUACUGUAUCCGGAGCUGCUGAUGGAGGGUUUGGUCACCUUAGUGAUACUGUACACUGAAUCGAGAUGUGUUGGUAGCAAAUAUAAGAAAAUAUCUACUAGAUAUGUUGUUGUGACGCCAAACACUUCACUAAUGGCAGAGACCAAACCCGUCUCAUCCAGGGCUCCGGCUGUGUGUAUACAGGGUACAAACGACGAAGGCUUUCUUGAUGGGUUUUUGACACUGGUAGCUUUUCCCACAUUUAGAAUGAAUUUUUUCACCACAAACUAAGGCAAAGUUUCAUUUAGAAAUUCUGCUUUUCGUCAGCCACUUAUCAGUCACUGUUUUUAGGAGCUACAAUACUGACUUUAUUGAGCACAGCCCACUACUGCCAGCGUUAUGGUCAAACUCUCGUGUGACAAGUCCAGGAAGACACACAGAGAAGUCCCGCGUCUCUGAUUUCUGCUCCAAUUGUGUUGCUCUGUUGUUAAAGUGAUCACUUAUAAUCUCAUUGUUGUUCCUCGGCUGGAACGCGUGUAAUUGGGGAUUACGGAUAUUCUUUGACUGUACCUCAUAAUCUCGUGCGCAAGCAGACGCAACAGUUGGUAGUAAACCCCGUGGAGAGUCUAAGACAGGUUCAGGAUAUAGAAGAAACACAAACAGGAAAGAUAUCAAAUCGAACACCCGGUCAGCGUGAGCUUCUCGACAGUGUUUCCAUUCUCGUGACAUGAAAAAAACGCACUUCUCAUGCGAUUUAUCAGAUUCUGCCUGAUUAUUUUGAGACUGGAGUUGUUAUAAUAUUUUCUUAACAUGUCGUUAAAAACUACGCACAUAAACUGCUCAACAGACUCUAACUGUGGGAAAUGAUACUGUAUGUACAAUCAGGACUGCAAUUAUAAAUACAAUGGAAAGAGCAUUGUAUGUAUUUUAAAGCUAUUGAUACUACUUUGAUAAUGAUGUAAAAUGUAAAAAGAUUGAACAGGAACUAUAGGUAUGUAAAGUAUACUGUGUAUAGAGGAGUUUGCUCCGGGGUGGGAAGGGCAUGGGGUUCAUUCUGUUCAUGGCGAAAUGUUUUAACACAGAAUAUUGAUGAUUCUUGUCUGUGAUGUAGACAACGUCAAUGUUUUUCCUUUUCUUUUUCUUUUUGAUAAAAGGCAAAAUGAUAUAAAAAAACAA